AUGGAGUACAACCACGCAGCCGGUCGUUUCUCCUAUUCUACCAUGCAGUUUAAGGUCUAUGAGGAUUAUCUCGACUCCAAAGUCACUUCCAUGGAUUUGUUUUACUUAAAAAGCAGGGAGUUGGCCCGCAAGCUGGUGGAGCACGGCCACAAGGGCACGGUCCUGAGCAGGGAGGAAUUCGAGGAGAGGAAAGCAGCUGCACAGGCUGCAGAGGCUGCGAGGACCAACGCUUUCUAUAACAGGAGCCGGCCAAUGACACUGGCAAGUGCAGGAAAAGAACUCAAAGAUAACUUCCUGAAAGCCCUGGCAGAGCGAGAGGAGGCCAACCGCAGUGGGAAAAUGACUUCGGUCAUUUUCAUAAGGGAUCAUAAUACUCUUGGACAGGAAGUAUCUGGCUAUAUAGACUACGCCCACAGACUCAAAACCCAAGAUUUUGAACCAUAUUUCAGCGGAAAGAAGAGGCUCAUGCCAGGACGCUCGGAUUUAUGCUACUACAACUGGAAGACACAGGUGUCCACUUCCAACCCGAGCCCUAACUUCGAGGUGAUUUAUGACGACCCUAACGGCCUUCUCUUCAAGAACAAGCAGGACAAAAAGAUCCUGAAUGUGGACCCUUUGUCUGGUCCUGGUGAGGACUCCAAAAGGACUUUCCUACAGUCGGACCUCUACGUUCAUGCCGUCUUCUAUGACCACAACAUCAGGACAGUCUGA